AGCGGAGCAGCAAGUUGUUUUCCCGCCCUAGGCGCGGAGUGGCUGUUUCUCCUAUUUCCUAAUAUGUUGCGAGUGGUGAGCUGGAAUAUCAAUGGGAUCCGAAGCCCCAUACCAGGGGUGGCAUGCCAGGAGCCCGCCAGCUGUGCCGCGGUGGCCAUGGGACGCAUUUUGGGCGAGCUGGCUGCCGAUAUCGUCUGUCUGCAGGAGACCAAAGUGACGAGAGAUGUGCUGACUGAGCCCCUGGCUAUCAUUGAGGGCUAUAACUCCUAUUUCAGCUUCAGCCGAAACCGAAGUGGCUAUUCCGGUGUAGCCACCUUCUGUAAGGACAGCGCUACCCCAGAGGCUGCUGAAGAAGGCUUGAGUGGCCUGUUUGCCACUCAGAAUGGGGACGUGGGUUGCUAUGGAAACAUGGAUGAGUUCACCCAAGAUGAGCUCCGGGCUCUGGAUAGUGAGGGCCGGGCCCUCCUCACACAACACAAGAUCCGUACUCAGGAAGGACAAGAGAGGACCUUGACCUUAAUCAACGUGUACUGCCCCCACGCGGAUCCUGGGAAGCCUGAACGACUGACCUUUAAAAUGCGCUUCUAUCGCCUGCUGCAGAUCCGAGCAGAAGCCCUUCUGGCAUCUGGCAGCCAUGUGAUCAUUCUGGGUGACUUGAAUACUGCCCACCGCCCCAUUGACCACUGUGAUGCCAUCAACAUGGAGUACUUUGAAGAGGACCCGGGGCGCAAAUGGAUGGAUGGCUUGCUCAGUAACCCGAGGUGUCAGGAUGGCUCUCAUGGAGGGCCCUUUGUUGAUAGCUUCCGCCACUUCCAGCCCAAGCAGGAGAGGGCUUUCACUUGCUGGUCGGUGGUCACUGGCGCCCGUCUUUUCAACUAUGGUUCACGGCUUGACUACGUGCUGGGAGACAGGACCCUGGUCAUAGACACUUUCCAGAGCUCCUUCCUCUUGCCUGAGGUCAUGGGCUCAGACCACUGCCCUGUGGGCGCAGUCUUGAGUGUGUCUUCUCUACCUGCAAAGCAGUGCCCACCUCUGUGUACCCGGUUCCUCCCUGAAUUUGCAGGCACUCAGCUCAAGAUUGUUCGCUUCCUAGUUCCCCGGGAACAAGCUCCCACAUCAGAGGAGUCAGCAUCACAGCUCGGCAAUCAAACUCGGACACAGGUACGCCAAAACAAAGCCCGUGUCCGCUCAGCCCGGCCUCGGCCACAUCAAGUUGGUUCCAGCAGAGGUCAGAAGAACCUGAUGAAUUACUUCCAGCCCUCCUCCAACCAUCCUCAAACCUCUCCUGACUCAGAACCACCUCGCCAGCCACUGGCGGACAUCCCUGUGAUGCCAAAGGCUCCAGAAGAGGAGGCAAUGGCCAAAGUGGUUGGAGGACAGGCCAAAGCUUUAGAAGUCAAAAGCAACAAGGAGGUACAGAUGUCGUUUUGGAAGUCUGUGUUGGGGGGACCCUCACCCUUGCCCCUGUGUGCAGGCCACAAGGAGCCAUGUGUCAUGCGUACUGUGAAGAAGCCAGGCCCCAACCUAGGCCGCCGCUUCUACAUGUGUGCCAGGCCCCGAGGUCCUCCUAAUGACCCCUCUGCCCGCUGUAAUUUCUUCCUCUGGUGCAUGCCCAGCUGAGCCACUGUGUAGGGAUUGUGAUGUGGUCACUGCUCACAGGGUCAGAAGUCAGCUGCUCUGGUGAGCUACUGAGAUUAUCCCCUUCUUCCCCCAGGUCCCCUUCCUUGCCUCUUCCUCUACCUCCUUAUCUUCCCCUUCCUCUCUUCUUCCUCCAGUGUCUCUCUUCCUGCUCAGCUCCUUGUUGGUGAGCUCAUUGUGCCUUAAUGCUGUUACCCUUAAUGCUGUUCUCCUCUUCCCACCUUCCUGUCGGAACACGGGAAGCAGCUGCCUCAGAACACUGUGGUUUUUUUAAAACUUGUUCUUACUUGCUGGGAAAUCUGUUUUGCAUAAAUAAAGUCUGUGUCUGUUUCAGUGUA